AUGACCCUGGCCGUCACCUUCUCCAGCACAUCGCUUCUCCCCGCGACGCCCGAAAUCGCCGCCGAGUUCCACACCACGCCCGAGACGCUGAACGUCACCAACGCCGGCGUGCUCCUGGCCAUGGGCUUCUCGUCGCUGAUCUGGGGACCCCUGAACCAUCUCAUUGGACGGAGAGUGUCGUUUAAUAUGGCUAUCUUGGUGCUGUGUGGGUGUUCGGUGGGGACGGCCGCGUCGGUUGAUAUGAAGAUGUUUACGGCGUUUCGGGUGCUGGGGGGGUUGACGGGGACGUCGUUUAUGGUGUCGGGGCAGACGAUUUUGGCGGAUAUUUUUGAACCGGUUGUUAGGGGGACUGCGGUGGGUUUCUUUAUGGUGGGGACGGUGACGGGGCCGGCGAUUGGCCCCUGCAUCGGCGGCAUCAUCGUCACCUUCGCCAGCUGGCGCAUCAUUUACUGGCUGCAAGUCGCGAUGACAGGGUUCGGUCUGAUUCUGUCUCUACUUUUCGUGCCGGAGAUCAAAUCGCAAGGAAAAGCCGAAUCUACCGACGAAAAGGCAGACCCGGGAACCGAGAAACUAAAGCCGAAACACACGUUUCUCUCGGUCAUUUGCAUGUUCAGUCCCGUACAUAUCGUGCGGUUGUGGAAUUACCCUAAUAUUUUACUUGCUGAUAUAACAUGCGGCCUCCUCUCCACAUUCCAAUACUCGAUCCUGACCUCCGCGCGCUCCAUCUUCAACCCCCGCUUCAACCUCACCACCGCCCUCGUCAGCGGCCUCUUCUACCUCUCCCCGGGAGCAGGCUUCCUGGUGGGCAGCAUCGUCGGCGGAAAAUUCUCCGACCGCACCGUCCGCAAAUGGAUAGUCAAGCGCAACGGCCUGCGUCUGCCCCAGGACCGUCUGAACAGCGGCCUGGCCACUCUCUUUGGUGUCUUGCCUGCCGCAGCGUUGGUCUAUGGCUGGACCUUGGAUCAGGAGAAGGGGGGCAUGGCGGUCCCGAUUGUGGCGGCGUUCUUUGGCGGUUGGGGGCUUAUGGGGUCGUUUAAUGGGUUGAAUACUUAUGUUGCUGAAGUCCUCCCGCAUAAACGCAGCGAAGUCAUCAGUGGGAAAUACAUCAUUCAGUAUAUUUUUUCCGCGGGGAGUAGCGCUCUCGUUAUGCCUGUUAUUCAGCAUAUUGGUGUGGGGUGGACGUUUACGAUUUGUGUCAUAUUCUCCCUCAUAGGCGGAUGCCUGGUCCUUGUUAUCACGAAAUGGGGUAUUGAUAUGCAGCGGGCUGUGGAGAGGAAGGUGCCCGUGAAAUAA